AUGGGAAGGGGGGCCCGCUGGGGACCGGAGGGCAGCUGUGACUUCCUUCCAAACCAGGAAAACCUCUUUUCUGAGCCACAUAAAAGGGGACUGAUGAAAAGCCCCUUGCAAGAGUCCUCGAAGGCCAACAUAGUAUUGGCUGAGAUCCAGCCUGACUUGGGUCCUUUAACCACGCCAACCAAGCCCAAGGAAGUUUGCCAAGGAGAGCCAUGGACACCCACAGCCAACCUGAAAAUGCUUAUCAGUGCGGUGAGCCCAGAGAUCAGAAGUCGAGAUCAGAAGAGGGGCCUGUCUGACAACCGUGGAUUACCUGAAGCUAGAGACUGUUUGCAUGAACACUUAUCUGGAGACGAGUUUGAGAAAUCUCAGCCAAGUCGAAAAGAGAAAAGCUUGGGGUUGCUAUGCCACAAAUUCCUAGCGCGGUACCCUAGGUACCCCAACCCUGCUGUGAAUAAUGACAUCUGCCUGGAUGAGGUGGCCGAGGAGCUCAAUGUUGAACGGCGACGGAUUUAUGACAUUGUGAAUGUACUAGAGAGCUUGCACAUGGUGAGCCGCCUUGCCAAAAACCGGUACACCUGGCACGGCCGACACAAUCUCACCAAAACCCUCGGAACUCUGAAGAGCGUUGGGGAAGAGAACAAAUGCGAGCAGAUCAUGAUGAUCAAGAGGAAAGAAUACGAACAAGAGUUUGACUUCAUUAAGAGCUGUGCCAUAGAGGACCACGUGAUCAAGUCAAACACUGGCCAGAAUGGGCAUUCAGACAUGUGUUUUGUCGAACUCCCCGGAGUGGAGUUCCGGGCAGCUUCCGUGAACAGCCGCAAAGACAAGUUCCUUACGAGUGAUGAGCCUAGAAGUUUUGUGAUGCUGUCUAGGUGUCCACGCCGCAGAUAUGUGAGCCUGGAAAUCGCUGCCAAGAUUUUAAUUGGGGAAGACCGUGAAGAUCUGGAUAAAAGCAGUUUAAAAGUAACAAAAAUUAGGAGGUUGUAUGACAUUGCUAAUGUUCUGAGUAGCCUGGAUCUCAUCAAGAAAGUCCAUGUCACGGAAGAAAGAGGUCGGAAGCCAGCUUUUAAAUGGACAGGCCCAGAAAUCAGCCCAAAUACUAGUGGCUCCAGCCCAGUCAUGCCUCUUCCCACCUCCUUCUUAGAGGUGGAGCAGUCUGCAAAAGAGAACUGUGCCAAAAACCUCUUUUCUACACGGGGGAAACCCAGCUUCACUCGGCACCCAUCUCUUAUCAAACUGGUAAAAAGUAUAGAAAGUGAUCGGAGAAGAAUCAGUUCUGCCCCCAGCAGCCCUGUCAAGAGCAGCAAAGCUGAGAGUUCUCAAAAUUCUCCCCCCCUCCCGAACAAGAUGGCUCAGCUCGCUGCUAUCUGCAAGAUGCAGUUGGAAGAGCAGUCAAGUGAACCCAGGAAGAAAGUGAAAGUAAAGCUAGCAAGAUCUGGGCACUACAAACCACUGGCCCCUCUGGACCCUGCAGUGAGCACCGAGCUGGAACUGCCUGCGCCCUCCCUCAUCCAGCCCCUGGGGGUGGUCCCCCUGAUCCCUAGUCCAUUGUCACCUGCAGUGCCUGUGAUCCUACCUCAGGCCCCUUCGGGCCCAUCCUAUGCCAUCUACUUGCAACCUGCCCAAGCCCAAAUGCUGACACCACCCCAUGGCCUGAGCCCAGCAGUCUGCCCCACCCACUCCUCUAAUGCUACUGGAUCCAAGGACCCCACAGAUGCCCCCACUGAGAGGACCACCACAGAUGCCUCCAGCAGAUCCGGAAGCCUGCAGCCAGCACCGGAAAGGCAGGGUGCAAAGAAUCGAAGCAAGGAGACAACUGGAGAGCGGGGCACAAAGAGGGCAGGCUCCUCGGAGGACAGUGGCUACAAGAAACCUAAGGAGGAGCUGAAGGCGCGUGAGAAUGUCCCCACGGUGAGUACAGCCUCGAUGGUACCCUGUUCCAUCGGGUACCUAAUCCCUCUCACCCAGUGCCCGUCCCUGGGGCAGAAUCUGCUGUCUAGCACAGAAAACUCAGGUACACUUUCCCCGAACCACAGGAUCUACGGCUCCCCAAUUGCAGGUGUUAUCCCAGUGGCAUCAUCUGAACUCACUGCUGUGAACUUUCCCCCUUUUCACGUGACACCUUUGAAACUUAUCUCCCCAACAUCAGUGGCAGCCGUACCUGUUGGGAACAGCCCAGCUCUCAACUCAAGCCACCCUGGCCCUGCCCAGAACCCAAGCUCAGCCAUUGUCAACUUCACCCUGCAGCACCUGGGACUCAUCUCCCCCAGUGUGCAGAUGUCUGCCAGCCCUGGGCCUGGAGCUGGCACAGUCCCUGUGUCCCCACGUGUUGAAGCAGCUAGUGUCAUACCAGAUAACUUGAGCUUUCGGCAAGGGAGGGCCACCAACUAUGACUCACCAGUCCUGGGCCAGAGCCAACUAAAUGGACAAUCAGUUGCUGGGGCAGGACCACAACAGCCUGUUCCUGUGACCCCCAAAGGUUCCCAGUUGGUGGGUGAAAGUUUCUUCCGUACCCCAGGUGGACCAACCAAGCCUACCAGCUCACCCUACAUGGAUUUUGAUGGUGCUAACAAAACCUCCUUUGGAACCCUCUUUGUCCCACAGCGUAAACUGGAAGUCUCAACUGAGGAUGUCCACUGAUUGACCGAAGAUGGUGGUUUAAUUUAAUUUCCUAAAGAGCUAUUUAAUGAGAUGAUAGACAAUACAGAUCGAGAGAAUACCACCUUUGAAAAUACUGUAAAUACUUUGGGGGUUUUACUCAAUAUCACAGCGAUAUUUGUCAUGCUUACGCAUGUGUGUGCAUGUGCACAUACACAUAUGUGCACACACAUUGUACAAGGCCAAAUUCAGCCUUCUGUACUAUAAGUAAAAUGGUGACCUAAGGUACAUUAACUUCUAGGGCAGAAAGACUCAUUUUUUUCACCUGUGCCUGUAUUAUUAUGCAAUUUACACUUUACUACCCUUUCAGUAAAUGUUUGGCUUACUGAACACAGCACCUGCUCAGACUUUUUUGCACAAAGGAAAUGCUGUGUGAUGUA